GUCCCGCCUUCCGAAGGUGGCAGGGCUGCCUCCCCACCUGAACCUGGGUCGCCGCCUAGGUGAGGGGCCGCGGGGCAGAUCCCAAGAAGUGGCAUCCAGUCGGUUCUUGGCUCUCUUGCUAGAGCCAGAGCGGGAGAACCCUCCCCCGGCGAGGCCAAGCCCUGAGACUGGACUAGCACUGUAGUGAGUUUCUUUGUCCGCUCUCCGCAGCGAAGGGGCGGGACCGUGCCAGACCCUGCCGGCUCCCGCCCCGGAACCGGAAGUGCAGGCACUGCGGGGUACUGUAUAGUGUGAGCCCGACCCGAGAGCCAGUCGUUCCGCCCGCUGGUCAUCGCGCCUUCUUCCUUGCCGGUGUCCUGCUCGCCGUCCCCGCCAUGCUGUCUCUAGACUUUCUGGACGAUGUGCGGCGGAUGAACAAGCGGCAGCUCUAUUACCAAGUCCUAAAUUUUGGAAUGAUUGUCUCAUCGGCACUAAUGAUCUGGAAGGGAUUAAUGGUAAUAACUGGAAGUGAAAGUCCAAUUGUAGUGGUGCUCAGUGGCAGCAUGGAACCUGCAUUUCAUAGAGGAGAUCUUCUCUUUCUAACAAACCGAGUUGAAGAUCCCAUAAGAGUGGGAGAAAUUGUUGUUUUUAGGAUAGAAGGAAGAGAAAUUCCUAUAGUUCACCGAGUCUUGAAGAUUCAUGAAAAGCAAAAUGGGCAUAUCAAGUUUUUGACCAAAGGCGAUAAUAAUGCGGUUGAUGACCGAGGCCUCUAUAAACAAGGACAACAUUGGCUAGAGAAGAAAGAUGUCGUGGGGAGAGCCAGGGGAUUUUAUCAGGAGAACAGAUCAGUGGAGAACAGGAAUUAUUUGUUCCUUAUAUUGGAAUUGUGACGAUCCUCAUGAAUGACUAUCCUAAAUUUAAGUAUGCAGUGCUCUUUUUGCUGGGUUUAUUUGUGCUUGUCCACCGUGAGUAAGAAGUCUGCCUUGCUGUUCCUGGGAAGAUGCCAUACUUUUCGUUACUGGAUGUUUGGAGUAGAUACUGGUCUGUGAUUGGUGGAAUGGAGAACACACAUGGUGCUUCUGGGUAGCACUGGUUUGCAUUAGUUUAUGUUUCCACGCCAGAGUUUGUUUGGGUGGGCACAUGUGCACCACAGAGUGCACUUGAGGGGACUUUUCAAUCACAGGAUUUCAUAGCUGUCAUUGUCACACUUUCACAUUUUUGUACAUCAGUGAAUUUUUUAUAUUAAAAGGUUGAGCCAAAGCCCCCAGUGUUUGUAUUUUGAAGCCAAGCUUCACUUCUAAAGUGCCUACAGAGACUUGUACAUGACAAUGCAGCUCUGCACGAGUUUGAAACCGUCAUACCUCCUUCUAAUAGGAAUGGCAUAUACUGAGGUGGUCAUAAGUCUUAACUUUUAAAAUUUUAAAUAAAAGACUUUGCACAUUGAA